AUGGCUCCUCGGGGGUUUGCAAAAGCCCGCGACUAUGAUUACUCCAACGUCGGUAAACAGGGAAGGCGGACGGGUAUCACUCUCAAAGAAGGCCGACGAGAUGAACAUGGAAUGGAGGAAUUAGACGGGGUAUUCUCGUCGCCAGAAAAGUCGCCCGUGCGAUUCACCGGAAACGACACAAUGAUGGGAUCUGAGGGCAUGUCUAUAGACGAAGAUGACGGCCCCGGUCCGACCGAUUUUCUCUCUCGUUCAGCCGCCCGACGCUCCCCAUUCUUCCCACCGCCUGUCGCAAGAUCGCCAAUGAAGAGCGGCUUGAGCGGAUCUCCGCGUCGAACACCAGGUUUGCGAUCAUCGCCUAUCGCGCAAAACGAUGUUCCUUCUAGCCCGACAUCUGCCCGCCAGAGGAGGGGUAGGUUGAAUGAGGAUGCGGCCGAAACAAAUUCCCGUCAACCACUCAAUGAUCGACGGCCAAACACAGCACCUAUUGUAAAUGGGUCGCGACAAAAAGGUGCCGUGAGCGCAUAUGCGAACGAUGAAAAUUUCCCUAUCAAUGAGGACGACGAAGAUGAGGAUGAGAUCAAUGACGUGAGCGUGUACCAGAASGAGCCAAUAGAGGAGGACUUUGACGUACACGAAAUUGCCGACGAUGGCUACGGAGACGAUGCCGAUGAGAUACCUGAUGAUACUACUAAUAUUCAGAAUGAAGACCCUUCAGAAGAAGAACCAUCGCCCGUCCAAGCAGCUAGUUUGCGCACGAAGAAGCGAAAAGCCCCGGCUACGACCGAGGACGUGGAUUCGCCAGUCGAGGAUAUAUCUCAGAAUCUGCCCAAGAAGAAACGCGCGGGACGGCCUCCAAAGGCGCAAACCCAGAAAGCCACCCAAGAGAAGACGACAGAACGACCGGUGAAGAAAGCUAAAACAUCUAAACCACAACCGGCUAAAGAAAGGGAACCCCUGGACCCGGAAUUGGAACAAGUUGUGGAAAAUCAUGUAAAACGCACGGGACCCUUGAAAGGUAGGAGUCUGUAUAUCUUGAAGCGAGAAGUGCCAAACGAGCAGCAAGCAGCACAUACUCGUUCAGGCAGAGUAUCCGUGCGACCAUUGGCGUAUUGGCGCAACGAGCGAUGUGUUUAUGGCGAUGGAGAAGCAGACCUUGGACAGCGAUAUCCCUUAUCCACAAUCAAGGAGAUUAUUCGCGCGGAAGACAUUGAGCCAGAGAAGAAAGGAGGCAAGAAGCGCAAGGGAGGCAAGAAAUCCAAGUCGAAGAAACAGGAGGAAGAUUCGGAUGACGAUGACGAUGAGAGGGAUAAGUGGGAGGUCGAAGAUGGGGUUUUACAUGGAUAUAUCAAGAAGUGGGAUACGGAUAACCAGGUUGCUUCGAGCGAAGAGGAGGUAACAGAAAUCGCAUACGCGCCCACUGGCGUUGAGACGCGAGACGUCAAGGAUUCCACAUUCCGUGUCGCCAAACUACUCAGUCAACCAUUCUUUGGCAGUGGAAUAGUCGAACUUCCAGCGAAAGGAGUCAAGAAGCCCAAGAACUCGAAACGAAUGCACAUGGUGUUCUACGUUUGUUGGGGAAGAGUGCAAGUUGAUAUCAACGGGGUGCAGUUCACCGCGGGCAAGGGAUGUAUAUUCCAAGUCCCUCGAGGCAAUCAUUAUAGCUUCGCCAAUAUAACCCCCAAAGAAGCUCGGCUAUUCUUUACCCAAGCCUUCAUGCCCAAUGGAAGUGACAACGAUAAUGAUAACGAACCGGCAUCAUCCUCGAAACGAGCCGCAACAAAUGAACCUGAGCCUGGGCCUGAAGUCGAAGAUCAAGAAGCCGAGAGUAGCAAAGCUCCUGCCAAGGGUAAAGGUCGCGGUCGCGGACGGAAAGCUGUCAAGUAA